UCUGACCCGGAAGUGGCUCUCUCCCGAGCCCACGUGUUUCGCGCAGCAUGGCGGAGAUGGGGAGUGCUGAAGUGGCGGAGCCUGCGCCUGCUGGAGGGGCGACGUCUGCCGAUCGCCAUGGCCUGCUGGAGCACAGCCGCGAGUUCUUGGACUUCUUCUGGGACAUUGCAAAGCCGCACCAGCAGACGCGGCUGGAGGCCACGGAGAAGCUGUUGGCGUACCUGAGAGCGAGGCCCGAGGGAUCCGAGAUGAAGUAUGCUCUGAAGCGUCUCGUCACAGGGCUGGGAGUGGGGCGAGAAACCGCGCGGCCCUGCUACAGUAUGGCUCUGGCACAGUUAUUACAGUCUUUUGAAGACAUCUCCCUGUGCAGCAUCCUGGAACAGGUACAAGAAAAAUAUGCACUGAAUACUGCAAAAAAGACGAUGAUAAGACCUGUUCUCUUUGCAAAUCUGUUUGGAGUGCUGGCCCUGUUUCAAUCAGGCCGACUAAUGAAGGACCAGAAGGCCCUGAUGAAAUCGGUGAAGCUGCUACAAGUCCUGAGCCACCACUACAACCACUUACAGGGGCAGCCCAUGAAGGCCCUGGUGGACAUCCUUUCUGAGGUCCCAGAGGCCACGUUCGAGGAGAUCCUGCCAAAGGUCCUCAGGGCUGACUUGAACGUAGUCCUCAGCUCCCCAAAGCACCUGGAGAUCUUCCUCUUGGCCAAGCAAAAGGUGCCAGCAAAGCUCGAGUCUUGGAUGGGAUCUGUUGACCUGUUCACGGAUGAGAAUAUUCCCAGACUGGUAAACGUUCUGAGGUUGGUAGCUGCCUCUGUGAAGAAGGAGAACAAGCUUCCCGUUGUAGCCCUGGACCUGCUCCGCCUGGCACUUAAGGAAAAGAAGUUCCUGCAGUUCUGGAGGGAGGUCGUGGAGCAGGGGCUCCUGGCGAAGCCAUCCUGGCCAGCCAGCUUCAUGUGUUUCCGCCUGCUGGGAGCAGCCCUGCCUCUGCUGUCCAACGAGCAGCUGCAGCUGGUGAUGCGAGGAGACUUGGCCCGACACUUCGGGGAGCACAUGGUCAUGGCUAAGCUCUCAAAUCAGUCGAAGUUUGUCCCAGAGAUGAGCGAGUACGUGGGCACCUUCCUGGAGGGAUGCCAGGAUGACCCUGAGCGGCAGCUGUCCGUACUGGUGGCUUUCUCGUCCAUCACCAACCAAGGUCUCCCUGUCAUGCCUACCUUCUGGCGUGUCACACGGUUCCUAAGUCCCCAGGCCCUGCAAGACUAUGUGGCCUGGCUGCAGGGCAUGUUUCUCCAGCCCAACCUGGACUCCUUGGUCGACUUCAGCACUGCCAACCAAAAGAAAGCCCAGGAUGCUUCACUGAAUUCACCUGAGCGGGCUAUAUUCCGGCUACGGAAGUGGAUCAUCCAUCGCCUGGUCAGCCUUCUGGACACCUUGCACCUGGAGAAAGAGGAGGCUUUGAUUGAGCAGGUGGCCAGGUUUUGUUUGUUCCACUCAUUCUUUAAAACAAAGAAGCCCACGAGCCAGAUCCCAGAGACCAAGCAGCAGUUCUCCAUUCCUCUGGACAGCCGGACCCGAGAAUUCUUCACUGGUGCCUUCUUCAGCCUGCUACAGACCCUCAGCACAAAGUUGAGGCACAUCCCAGACCAGGCCCAAGGUGGGCACCACUGGAUCUACCGCCUGGUGCAGUUAGCAGACACGCUGUUGAAUCACAGUCGCAACGUGGCCAUCGUCACACCCUUCACAGCACAACAGCGCCAGGCCUGGGACCAAAUGCUGGAGACCUUGAAGGAACUGGAGGCCCGCUCCUCAGAGACCAAGGCCUCUGCUUUCCAGCACCUGCUGCUCCUGGUGGGCAUCCACCUCUUCAAGGGGCAGGAGGAAGCCCAGCCCCUGAUUUCUGUCCUGCCCUACCCACAGUCCCCCACAGAGAGCUGUGACCUCCUAGGGGACAUCCAGACCUGCAUCAAGAAGAGCAUGGGGGAGAAGACCCGCCGUUCCCGCUCCAAGGCCAUCAACUCCCAGGAGCACCCGUGGGUGGAAGUGAUGGUAGAGAUCCUGCUGUCCCUGCUGUCCCAGCCCAGCAACCUGAUGCGCCAGGUGGCCCGGAGCGUGUUUGGUCACAUCUGUUCCCACCUGACACCACGUGCCCUACAACUUAUCCUGAAUGUGCUGAACCCUGAGACAAACCAGGAUGAGGAUGACGUGGUGGUGGUCACCGACGAUUCUGAUGAGAAGCAACAGAAGGAUGCAGAGGAUGAGGGCUCAGACAGCAAAGACGAAGACUCAGAGAGCGAAGCAGAUAGCGAGGGAGAGGAGAGCGAGGAGGAGGAGCGUGACGAGCACGUGGACCCCGGCUUCCGCCAACAGCUUAUGGAAGUGCUACAGGCUGGGAAGGCACUGGGUGGCACAGACAGUGAUGAGGAGGAGCUGAGCGAUGAGGCCAUGAUGGCCCUGGAUGAGAACCUGUCCAGCCUCUUUGCUGAGCAGAAGCUGCGCAUCCGGGCCCGGCGUGAGGAGAAGAACAAGCUACAGAAGGAGAAGGCGCUCCGGCGGGACUUCCAGAUCCGGGUGCUGGACCUCAUCGAGGUGCUGGUGACCAGGCAACCUGAGAACCCUCUGGUCCUGGAGCUGCUUGAGCCCCUACUGAACAUCAUCCGGAGCAGCAUGCGCAGCAGCAGCAGCAGCAAGCAGGAACAAGACCUUCUGCACAAGACGGCCCGCAUCUUCAUGCACCACCUGUGCCGCUCCCGGCACUACUGCCACAACGUGGGCCCCUGCGCAGCAGCAUUGCACACCCAGGUGGAGCGCCUGGUGCAGCAGGCCAGCCAGCAGGCUGACUCCUCUGUCGCCCUCUAUUACUUCAAUGCCUCUCUGUACCUGCUACGCGUCCUGAAGGGCAAUGCUAAGAAGCACACACUGGAGGGCCAGCAGUGUCAGGGAGCCAGUGCCAGGGGUGGCCCCGAGGAUCCAGGCCCUCAGACCAACUGUCUGGACUUGGACCUUGUGACGCCUGUGUACUUGGCAGCACUGAGCUCCUUCCUGACCAGGCGCAACAGCCCUUUCACCAUCCCCAUGUUCCUCAGCCUCUUCUCCCGGUACCCGAUGAUCUGUAAGAGUCUGCUCCCUGUCCUGCUCCAGCGCAUGUCUGGCUCAACUCGGGCCCGUCAGCAGGCCCAUUCCUGCCUGCUGUUGCAGAAGACCCUAUCUGCACGGGAGCUGAGGGCAUGUUUUGAGGAUCCUGAGUGGGAGCAGCUGAUUGGCCAGGUCCUGGCAAAGGUCACUGAGAACCUGUGUACACUGGGGGAGGCACAGAGCAGGGCGGAGCACCAGAAGCAGUUGACCUCCCUGGAGCUGCUCAACACUCUCUUCAAGAUCAUCCAUCAUGAGGAUGUGACUGUGGACCUUAGCGCUCUCCUGGGUGUGCUGCGGGGCCAGCAGCAGAGCCUGCAGCAGGGCGAACACUCAGCUGGCUCCAACCGCCUCCACGACUUGUACUGGCAGGCCAUGAAGAUGCUCGGAGUCCAGCGCCCCAAGAUAGAGAAGAAGAACACCAAAGAAGCCCCCAGUGCCUCUGAGAGCCCCCUUAGCAUGAAGCGGAAGAAAAAAGGAUUUUUGCCAGAGACCAAAAAGCGCAAGAAACGCAAGUUGGAGGGGCCCACACCAGAGGAGGGUGCCACGCCAGAGGCAGCUACUCCUCCAGCCACUGGUGGCAACCAGCCCCCCAGCACAGGCAAGAAGAAGAGAAAAAGGGGGAAGGCCAAGGUCCUGGCACAGCCCCAAGUGAAUGGGACACCUGCCACCAAGAGCCCUGCCCCUAACACCCUCACCUUGAGCCCCAGCACCCCUGCCAAAACUCCAGAGCCGAAGAAGGGCAAAAGGCCGUCACAGGUGAAUGGAGACACCCCUGUGACCCCGACAGAGCCUUCAGGCAAAAAGCAACGUCAGAAAGCUCUUUCCAAUAAGGGAAUCUCAGUCAAGUCCCCACAGUCUGCCCUGUCACGGAAGAAGGCCCGCAUGUCUGUGGUCAAGAGCCCCAGCCUGUUCCAGAGUGGAGCCAAGAAAAAGAAAUUGCUGCGGAAGAAGCUAAGAACACCCUGAGUGCUGGUGCCCUCCGUCUCCAUCCAGCAGCCCUCGAGACUCCUUAUUUUUUCACUGUGUUUUAAUAAACAAGCCUAAGGCAGCAGCCUCUGGUUCUGAGUAGUGGU